AAACGAACAGCCGGAAGUGGGGUGCGCGGGGUCUAAGGGCACGAGGGAAGCGACGGGUGGGACCUAGGGCGGGCUUCCAGGUGAGCCGGUGGGCCGGGGGUCGCGGGCAUGGCUGAGGCCCGGAAGCGGCGGGAGCUGCUUCCCCUCAUCUACCAGCAUCUGCUGCACGCGGGCUACGUGCGCGCGGCGCGGGAAGUGAAGGAGCAGAGCGGCCAGAAGAAUUUACUGGCUCAGCCUUUCACCCUUUUGGACAUCUAUACACACUGGCAACAAACCUCAGAACUUGGCCAGAAGCGGAAGGCAGAGGACGAUGCAGCGCUGCAAGCCAAGAAGACCCGAGUGUCAGACCCCCUCAGCAGCUCUGAGAGCUCCGACGAGGAGGAGGAAGAGGCAGAAGCCAAAACUGCCAAAGCUACCCCAAGACCAGCAUCUACCAACUCCUCAGCCAUAGGGGUAGAUUUGCCAUCAAGCAUGAAAGAAAAGGCCAAGGCAAAGACCAAGAGCGCCAGCAAAACAGUAAACUCUCUGCCACACCUUGCCUCGGGGAAGGCAGUGGUCCACCUCCUUUCUGGGAAGUCACCUAAGAAGUCAGCAGAGCCCUCUGGAAGUAUCAUCGUGGUCUCAGAAACUGAGGAGGAGGGCAGCAUCCAGGCCCUUGCAGCCACUGCCAAGCCUGGGACCGUGUCAGCAGGCCAGGCCGACAGCAAGGACACCUCCAGCUCCAGCGAUGAAACAGAUGUGGAGGUGAAGUCCUCAGUGAAAGCGCAGGUCAGACCCCCACCUGCCCCUACCAAGGAGUCUUCAAGUAAGGUGGCCCCAAGACCUGGGAGAGUUGGGGGGGUGACGCCCCAGGCCAGAGGAGGUGCCCUCACCCCAGCUGGGAGUGCCAUGAAACCAAAAGAGGACUCAGAAAGCAGCAAGGAGUCUGAGAGUGAGGAGGAGCCCUCCGUGGGAACCCCCAGCCAGGUGAAGGCAUCUGAGAAAAGCCUCCAGGUUAGAGGUGCCUCAGCCCCUGCCAAGGGAACCCCAGGAAAAGGGGUCACACCAGCACCUCCCAGGAAAGGGACCACAUGUGCACUGUCUGGGAAGGCAGGGCCCACAGCCACGCAAGCCAAGGCGGGGAGGCCUGAGCAGGACUCGGAGAGCAGCAGCAAGGAGUCGUCUGACAGUGAGGGGGAGACACCGGCUGCCGUGACUGCACUUCAGGUGAAGCCCUCGGGGAAGACCCCUCAGCUCAAAGCUUCUUCAGGCCCUGCCAAGGAGUCCCCCAGGAAGGGCGUCCCUCCAGCACCUCCUGGGAAAACAGGGCCUACAGCCACCCCACCCCAGGCGGGGAAGGAGGAGGAGGAGGAGGACAGCAGCAGCAGCUGUGAGGAGUCGGACAGUGACGGGGAGACGCCAGCAUCUCGGCUCCCAAUCACGAACCCUGUCCAGGCAGACGCUUUGGGGAAGAAUCUCCAGGUCAGACCUGCAUCGGGUCCCACCCAGGGGCCGCUGGGGAAAGGAGCUGCCCCUAAACCCCCUCAAAAGUCAGCCCCUGUGGCCAUUCAGGUCAAGGCUGAAGGGUCCCAGGAAGACUCAGACAGCAGUGAUGAGUCUUCUGACAGUGAGGAAGAGGCACCUGCAGCCGUGGCUCCAGCUCAGGCAAAACCAGCUCUGAAAACACCUCAAACUAAGGGUUCCUCCAGAAAAGGCACCCUCCUCACCCCCACAUCUGCCAAGGGCCCCCCAGUGCAAGUGGGCACUCCAGCCCCCUGGAAAGCAGGUACAGUGACUUCUGCCAUAGCCCCAGCUAUGCCUCAGGGCACCCAGAGCCCAGAGAGCGAUUCUUCGAGCAGCGAGGAGGAAUCAGAGGGUGAGGAGGCCACGCCUGCGGCAGCCGUGGCACAGACAAAGUCUCUGGGGAAAGGCCUCCAACAGCAAGCUGCCUCAGCAACCACCAAGGGCCCCUCAGGGCAAGGGGCCACCCCAGUGCUCCCUGGGAAGACGAGGCCCACCAUUGUCCAGGUCAGAACUGAGGCUCAUGAAGAGUCCGAGAGUGAGGAGGACUGUGAUGACAGUGAGGCUGCAACUCCACCACAGGCGAAAGCCUCAGGGAAAACCCCUCAGGCCAAAGCCAACCUAGCUUCGACCAAGGCAUCUACAGUCAAAGGGGCAGCGUCACCUUGUGGAAAACUGGUCACUCCGGUUGCUCAAGGCAAACCAGGGCCCAUGGCCAAGGGGAAGUCACCGGUGAGAGCCCCACAGAACAGUACAGCCUCAGCAAGGGGCCAGGCAUCUGUGCCAGCUGUGGAGAAGGCAGCGACCGCAGCAGCCCAGGCCAAGGAGGACUCAGAGAGCAGUGAUGAAUCCUCAGAGAGCAAGGAGGAGGUGCCAACCCAGGUGAAGCCCUCAGGGAAGACCCCUCAGCCCAGAGCUGCCUCAGGCCCUGCCAAGGAGUCCCCCAGGAAGGGCAUCCCCCCAGCACCCUCUGGGAAGACAGGGCCUGCAGCCACCCCGCCCCAGGUGGGGAAGCAGGAGGAGGACUCGGACAGUAGCAGCAGUGAGGAGUCAGGCAGUGAUGGGGAGGUGCCGGCACUCCGGACCCCAACCAUGAACCCUGUUCAGCGGAAGCCCCCAGGAAAGACCCCUCAGCUCAGAGCUGCGUCAACCCCUGCCAAGGAGUCCUCCAGGAAGGGCGCCCCUCCAGCACCCCCUGGGAGGACAGGGCUUGCAGCCACCCCUGCCCAAGCGGGGAAGCAGGAGGAGGACUCGGACAGCAGUAGCAGUGAGGAGUCGGACAGUGAUGGAGAAACACCAGCACCUCAGACCCCAAACAUGAACCCUGUUCAGAAGCCCUCAGGAAAGACCCCUCAGCUUAGAGCUGCCUCAGCCCCUGCCAAGGAAUCCCCCAGAAAGGGUGCCCCUCCAGCACCCCCUGGGAAGAUAGGACAUGCGGCCAUCCAGGCCCAGGUGGGGAAGCAGGCGGAAGACUCGGGCAGCAGCAGCAGUGAGGAGUUGGACAGUGAUGGGGAAACGCCGGCAUCAGGGACCCCAGCCCAGGUCUUUUUCCUGCAGAAAAACAUUGCCUCAAAAACUGCCAGAAGCAGUGCCCUGACCCCAGCUCCGCCAGAGAAGAACCCUGAGGGGUCCUCAGAGAGCAGUGAUGAGGAGCUGCCCUCCAGCCAGGUGAUUAAACCCCCUGUGAUUUUUGUCGACCCUAAUCGUAGUCCAGCUGGCCCGGCUGUGACCCCCACACAAGCCCAGGCUACAAGUACCCCAAGGAAUGCCCAGGCCUCCAGCAGCACUGCUGGGAGCUCCUCCUCUGAGAGCGAGGAUGAGGAUGUGAUCCCUGCCACACAGUCUUCCACUCCUGCCGGUAGAGCACAUGUGCCCGUGCCUGCUGCUUCCACAAGGACAGCCCCCAGAGCCAGCACCAGCGAGGAGUCCAGUCAAGUGUCAGAAGGCAAGAAACAGGCAGCAGUCUCUCAGGUGACAAGGAAGAACCUGGCUUCCCUCCCACUGACUCAGGCUGCCCUGAAGGUCCUGGCCCAGAAAGCUGGCGAGGCCCAGCUUUCAAGUGAGGCUGGCAGUGCCACGGGAAUGCUGCCUGUGACGCGUCCGCAGAGCACCCCUGUCCAGGCCAAAGCAGCCAACACUCUGAGACAACCCAAGCUCUCUGAAGGCCAGCAGAACACAGCCACUCCCUCAGCCCGCCCCAAAGCCAAAGCCCCUGCAAGCUCAGACAGUGAGGACAGCAGUGACAACUCUUCAGGGAGUGAGGAGGAUGCCGAGAGACCUCAGAUGUCAGCGCCCAGGCUGGCAGGUCCACCCCUCUCCAAGAGGGAGACCUUGGUGGAGGAGACCACAGCAGAGUCCAGCGAGGACGAGGUGGUGGCGCCCUCUCAGUCUCUCCUCUCAGGUUAUGUGACACCUGGGCUGACCACAGCCAAAAACCGGGCUUUAAAAACUACUGCCAGGCGGGAGUCAAACCCUGAAGCUUCCUCUGCUCCACCCACCAAAGGUGACCCAGCCAGCGAGCAAGCAACAGAGUCAGAACACACAGUGGGCACCGUGUCCCUUAAACCAGGAAGGAAAGAGGCUGUCUCAGACCCCACACCUAAGAAGCCCCGGAAGCCCAAGAAGAAGGCAGCAAGCACUGAAGCCUCCCUGCAGGUGCUGCAGAACAGCAUCACCCAGCACCUCCUGGGCCAGCCCUGGCCCCUGAACGAGGCGCAGGUCCAGGCCUCGGUGGCGAAGGUCCUGUCCGAGCUGCUGCAAGCCACAGACACUGCCAGGGAGAGCAGCAGGAAGGGCCGGAAGCGGAAGCUGUUGGGGGACCAGGUGGCCUCCAAGGCUCCCAAGGGCAAGAAGAAGAAGCAGCUGGCAGCUGUGGAAGGCAGGGAGGGUGCUGCUUCCUCAGAAAAGGCCGCAAGGACUUCCAAGGGGAAAUCAAGAGGAGACAAAGCAAGUGGUGACACCAAGGAGAAGGGAUCUCCAGGCUCUGGAGGGGCCAAGGCCAGGCCUGAAGGGGAACUUCUGAAGGUGGAGGGUGGAGAUCAGAAUGACCCAAAGAGCAAGAAAGAGAAGAAGAAAUCCAACAAGAAAAAAAAAGACAAGGAGAAAAAGGAAAAGAAGAAAGCAAAAAAGGCCUCAGCCAAAGACUGUGACUCACCAUUCCAGAAGAAAAAGAAGAAAAAGAAGAUAGCAGAGCCGCCGACGACGGUGUGAGGGGCCGGGCACCAGGUGCAGGAACUUCUUAGUGGAGUGGCGACCAGCCCGGGCCUCUGCCUUCUGCCUGCCGGGGCACGGGACUAAAUUCUGAACUUGCCCUCCCUUCACAGAAGACAACAGCCAGCCAUGGGGUCCUGGUGCUGGCCAGGCCAGUGGGCCCGCGGGGGCCGGUCGGGGAGAAGUGGCCCUGCCUGGGCCCUCACCACCCCUUCCUCCCCACAGGCGCUUCUUAGAGAUGUGUACAGUAUAUAUAUUUUUUUAAAUGACCUGCCUCCUUUGCCUCCAACACACCCCAAGGCCUCAGGCCUCACACUGUGCUCUCAGGCGCAGCUGUCGUGUGCCACGUGGGCUCCGGCUGAUCCUGAGGCUUUGUCCUCUCCUGAGAACUCAGAAAUAAAAUUUUGAGUUGAAGGAAAGGCGCAAGCUCCAGUGCAUCUGGGCCGGGGGCUGUGCAUUGGCUACAUGGAUGGUUGGCCGGUGCCUGGCAGCGGGUGGGCAGUGCCCCAGCUUCCUCCCCUGUGGGGGACGAGCUUGGGUACCACAUGAGGCAAGGCAUCAGUGGGGUUGCUAGGGGCUGACUGGGUGGGACAGGCUUCUUGGAGGAGGUGGCAGCUAAGGUAGGGUUGCUCUUGGUGUUUUCUGGAAGCUGGAGUAGCUCACAAAUCCCAGAAGUGAGAAAUGGCAGGGGCCUUAGAAACCAUCUUCAAGGGGCAGAGCUAGGGCGAAAGCAAGCUCCUGAGGGUGGUGGUGGAGAACUAGGAGAGCACAUGGGGCAGGAAGAAAAGUUGGGAAUUACGGUAGAUGAAGGACAGGGGGAGGCUGUUUCCAAGCCCUGAGCAGUGUGGAGCACUGGCAGUGGUGGCUGCUUGCUGCGGUGCUCAGUCUCCUGGAGACCGCAGAGGCCAGAGCAGGAAAAGAGGUCUUGGAGCCUCAGGCCACUCCCUCCCCUCCCACAAGUGUGCUGGUCUGGAGAAGGCAGAGAAGUGACCUCAUUGGCUAUGAUGACCCACAAAAGUUUUUAAACUUCACAAGUGGAGCAGUUUUACCAACACUUUUUUUUUUGGUUUUUUUCCGGUACUGAGAAUCGAACUCACGACCUUGUGCUUGCCAGGCAGGCACUGUGCCGCUGAGCUAAAUCCCCAGCCCCUCGCAUUCUUGGUUUCUGUCCUUGAGCUUAAGAAGUCAACAAACCUGGCGGGGGUUGAGGGGGCCACCUUCCUGACAACAGCUGGCUGCAGCUGAGGAGUGGGUCGGAGGUCCGGCGUGGAUCCCAGUCCUCCGCAGCCCCCACUUCCUGUCCAUUCUUGACACCAAGGCCCUGUGUCUGCUGCCAUCUGUCAUCACACUUGUGCUGUUCUUAGUAUAGAAAUGGAAUUGGGGACAUGGGAAAAUGGAACCUGGACCAAGAUGAGAUUGUGCUUAAAAAUUACAGACAAGAGUCUGUUUCUUCUUGGAAGUAAAGAGUAUCUGAGUGUGUGAAAA